CGUCGCUACUGCCGUGGAGGCCGACUUGCCACGUCACGGUAGGCCGAGUUUGUGAGUUCGUGAAACGGCUUCUGGUGCAGUACACAGCUGAGACAAUUUCUCCCUGCCAAUAUCCACGUCUAUGCCACCAGGCUCAGGGUUCGCUGUCUAAGUUAGCCCUGUACGAUGGUCUACAAACAAGUGGGCGAAAGCUGCUGUUCUAUCUUCCGAGUAGGCUUCUCUCUGUUGUCGUCCGGUCAUUGACGUAUUGUACUCGGCUGGCAAUUGGCCGAGGCGAAGUCGAUAUCUUCAUCCUCAACGCCGCUCGUGGUGCUGGUGGAACUCGCCCAAGUGGCCCCUUGGACGGCAUGAAGACGGCGACGCUCCUGGUGGUGGCGGCGGCGUGCGUGGCGCAGUGCGGCGCCGGCAUGUGGGCGCAGCCGCAGCCCAUGUUCGGCAGCGCGCCGCCACUCGUCAACCGCAAGGUGCACGCCAGCUACAUCAACAGCUCCGCGGGGCCCAUCCGAGUUGUUCAGGUGGUGAACGUGAACGUGCUGCCGGUGCGCGUGUCGCCGCCGCAGGGCCGCGACGUGGAGACGGUGGAGGAGCACGACAACAGCAUCCCGGCCUUCGGCAGCGACGACCGGCGCACGCAGGUCGACGUCUUCGUGAACGAUCCGCCCCCGCAGCUGCCGCUGUCGCCCCCGCAGUCGGGGCGCCGGCCGCCGCCGCUGCGCCUCACCGACUACGCGCCCUUCCUGGACUCGAACCACGUGCCCCAGCAGCCGGCCGCCAGGGACGGCCACUUCCUGCUGCCGCUGGCCGCCUACAGUCACGACGCCGAGCUGCACGACGACUACCUCGACCAGAUCGUAGACUUCGCGCUGGAGAUCAUCUGCAGGGGGAUUCACGCUAAGGGCAAGGAUGAAGUGGCGGCGCCAGACCUGCACCGGGAGUUCGUGCGCAAGCUGGGCCCGCUGCAGCUGAAGGGCAGCUUCGACGCGACGGGCGGGAUGGCGCGCAACCUGUCGACUCUGCGGCGCACAGAGCCGACGACGGUGAGCCGGCAGGGCGGGACGCUGCAGCUACGCGCCGGCCUGGGGCUGGCCACGCUGGCCGCGCGCUACGACCACUACGAGGCGCGCCUCGGCUCCCUGCAGGCGCAGGGCCAGCUCGCCGCCACCGUCGCCUCAGACUCCAUCGCCGUCACCGUCAACAUCUCCCUGGGGCAGGCCAACUGCCUGGCGCUGCAAGACCUGCGCAUCGACCAGAUGGGCGAUAUCGACGUCAAGUUGACCGGCCUUGGCGAGCUCAGCUGGCUGACGUCAAAGAUCGUGUCGUGGCUGAGCGACCACUUCAAGACGGAGGUGUCGGCGUCCGUGGAGCAGCAGCUGAGAGACGCCGUGUCGCAGGUGCUGGGCCGGGUCAAAUGCGACGUGCAGCAGUUCCUCUCGCUCAGCCUGAGCCCCUAGCCGCUCACCACUCUCCCUCUCUGCCGCUCUCUUCUCAUCCACUGUCUUCUCCUCCUCCACACUGUUUUUACGCCACUUUUGUACGGUCUUUGCUAUGUAAAGAGAACUGUAUGAUAAUAAAUGUGUGAGUGUCCUUUUA